UCUUAUAAAUCAAAUAGUUCAACUUUAACAGUUCCACAAAUUAAGAACACUGAAAUGCCGCAAAUGAUUCAGUAAAAGUUAAACCUAAACAAACACAAUCUCAAAUAACAAUAUACAAAGCAAAAGCAAAGGAAAGUCCACGAUGAGAAAACAGGCAGGAACGCGAGAACAGCAGGGGAACCUUGGACGGACGACAGGGUAACCAUGAACGGGUUGACAGACUGACAGGAAACACGGACAGAAGGCGUUUAAGCAGACAUCGGAACUGAUACACGGAAACGUGAUACUAACAUUAACGAACGACAACCACAGCACAAACAGACAGGGCUUAAAUACACAGACAGAGAACAAAGGAACCAAUGAGCAAACAAAACCAAUGACAGAUUAACGAAGACAGGUGAUAAUAAAAUAGACGACAGGUGCGGACAAUAACGCUGUGACAGCGGUGAUGAGGAGUGAGGACGAAGGGAAGUGUAGUUCUAACAGAGACAGUGAAACACAAGAAACAACAAGGAAGACAUGACAGGGAGCGUGUUCGGUGAAACAGAAAACACGGGACGAAUACCAAGGAAGAGUGACAUGGAACGUGACUGGCGAGAGUGAAACAGAAAACACGGGACGGAUCACAUGGAAACGUGACAUGAACGUGACUAGAGAACACAGGGAUCGUAACAGGUCUAGAUGCUUCUCUACAGCAGUACUCGUUCUCUGAGUGGCAGCUCUCUGGCUCUGAUCUGCUGCAGCUCUCCUCUGCCAGACUGGAGAAACUCGGAGUGCAAAAAAUCGGACAUCAGGAGCUCAUACUGGAAGCUGUGGAAAAACUCUGUGCUUUGACAUACAGUGUUGGGGGUGAUAGCCUGCGCAGUUUGACGGAGAAACUGCGUGCAGUGGCACACACUCUGCAUAUGAGCAUACAGGGCCGCUGGCGCGUUAAUACCAGUGAAGGACAGAGCGCCACCAAGCUGUCACAACACAUACUGCAAGCAGUGGUGGAUGUGAUCACAGCAGCCAAGGGACUUUUGUCUCUACUCAACAGAUAUCAGUUCUCACUGCAGACUGGAUAUGCAGCGAAUGAGAAACUCAUCUUUCUGUGUAAAGAUUUGGACACCACAGUGCACAAGGAAACCGCUGUGUAUGAAAAGGAGAAGGACAUCAUUGUCAUUUGUCGUCAGCUGGUAUCAGUGUGUGAUGAGAUUUUGACUGUCAGUCCAUUGUCUCUUCUUACCCAUACUGCACAGCUGGAAAGUAUUGAUCUGGACCCAACCUCACCAGGAGACCAUGUGGGAAUUGAAAUCACCUCCACAGGAUCCAGAAAUCAUUUUGUCUCUGGAACAGCAGCUGAGAUUCCCACAGAGUUCUGUGAGAAGAUCUUAGUGGGAGAUGAGGUCAUUCAGGUCAACGGCCAGAUAGUGGUUGGCUGGACCAGAACAAACCUUGUUAAAAAACUUGAUGAGAAUCCAAAUGGAGUUACUCUGGUUCUGAGGAGGUAUCCAGGGUCUCUGAAACAGAAAGAGAGCAGAGCCAAGUCUGAGAGGGAGGACGAAGAGGAAGAAGAAGAGGAAGAGAAAGCCAGACAUUCUAUUUUAGGGAGGGUGGCGACCUCUGUCCGUUCUCUGUCCUUCAGAUCAGGACCAGACGGCACACAUCAUUUCAGACGAGAUAAAUCAGCGCUCUCUAGUGAUAAAAGCUCUAAUGGACAUCAGUUAAACACCUUAAAACGGCAACAGCCAGGGACAGACUCUCAGCGUUCAAGCCAGAGCAAUUUGGUAGUGGACUCAUCCGCAGGCAGGAGGAGUCCUUCCCCACAAGGCGUGGAGCUCAACAGAGCCAGCACCAGCUCUCUUCCUGACAUGGCAGGACUAAGAGAUGAAAAGGAGAACAAGAAGAGCUCAACUAAAGGAACACGAACAGCAAUGAGCCGAAGGAGGGUGUCCUGCCGAGAGCUUGGCCGUCCAGACUGUGAUGGCUGGCUCUGGAAAAAGAGAAAAGAAGCAAAUGUCUUCAUGACCCAGAAAUGGCAGAGAUUUUGGUUUGUCCUAAAAGGUCCAACACUGUAUUGGUAUAACAGUCAACAGGAGGAGAAGGCUGAGGGGUUACUCAAGAUCGGCAGCUACAAUAUUGAGAGUGCAGGAGAGCACAAGAGGAAGUAUGUAUUUCAAAUGUGUCAUCCACGCUUUACAAAUUUCUUCUUCGCCGCUGAUAAUGUAACCGACAUGAGCAAAUGGAUUAACUGUUUAAUCACAGCCAUUCAGAAACACAAGAAAUAUGCCCAAAGUCAAGACAGUGAAGAAGACUGUUACAGUGAAACAGAAUCAGAGGAGGAAACUUCUCGUUCACCUCACCCUCACCGCAAGAAGCUUGUUACAAAAACUCAAUCAAACACGCUCCCUCAAACAAAGGGUAAGAAAACGGCAGCAUCAGAGCCAAUGACCAUUUCACAAGCAGGGGGCAGUAAAGUUGCAGGAAGAGUAGAUGAGAUGGAUGAAAUGUUUCAUAGCCUGAAGAAAGGAGGAGUGUCUCUGAUUGGUCAGAAUCAGCCAAUGACUCACGACCAGCUCCGAAAGUCCUUCAUCAGACGCAACAAAAACCCUGUCAUCAAUGAUAAAAUACACACACUUCGUGCACUCCAGAGCACACUCAAGGCAAAGGAGGCGGAGCUGCACCUUGUUAACAAGAUCCUGGAAGAUUCCACGUUUUCGCCGCAGAAGUUCCGUGAGUGGAAGCAGUUUAAUGAAGAGCUGCUUCAGGAUAUUGAAAAACUGGCUAAUGAGAGACAGAACAAACAGAUAGCCUCACCCAAAACAGAGAGCGUUUCCACUGGUGACGAUGAGGCAAGCAGAAUGAGCCUGAGUGAGGGGGAACAGUUGGUAGAUGCGGAGCUUACUGACGAUGGAGGCACCACCCCUGUAGAUGCAACUGUGCAGGUGCAGACACAUACUACAGGCAUGGGUGAUGCCACACCCACAGAGAACUACUUUUACAUAUGAAACAAACAUAUUAGCUUCUGCUCAGUCCUGAAUGGUGUUAAAACAGCUUAGAGAAGUGAAAAUCAGUAUGUCUGGACAUCUAGGACAGAGCACUGGCUCAAGUGUCACCAGAACCGAUAUUUAAUAUGUUUUUGUCAAAAGUGAAAAUCAUCUGGAGCAAGAACAACUGUCCUACUUCUGCUGUAUAUUCAAUAUAAACAAUCACUGAAUUUAUUAUGAACUACUGAGAAAAGAACAAAUCAAACUUUAGACACUUGAUAAAGGACCAUGUUUAUGGUGAUGUAUGUAGUUUUAAAUAGAAAUCGUACAAGAAUUAUAUUUAUAGGAUGCAUAUUUGUUUGUUCAUCAGGUAUGUUAUUAAAGGUUUUAUGAAUGUUUUUGGUGUGUUCAGACAGCUCAGAGAGACAUACAAGUAUUGCUUUUAUAAUGAUCUAUUCUUUUUAUUAUGAAUGAAGGUGUCUUUGUGGAAAUACAGAACCUGAAAACAAGUUCAGCAAGCUCAAAAACUAUAUAUUUUACAGCUAAACGAGAUAAAAAUGAUACCUCAUUUUGCAUGGAUAUAGAACAGGAGCCUUUGUAUUACAGUAAGUGCCCAGCAAUGGUCAUUUCCUCAGACUUGCCACACAGUGGUGGCCACAAGCUGUAGCAUGCUACGGCCACCUGUUCCUUCCUUGAGUCUUUCUUUGUUUUUUAUUCCAAGAGUGUGUAUAUUUAGCCAUGUAAUGGUUGACUUUAUACAGUAUGUGCUGCUGUAUCCAACCCUAUUUUCCUGUUGGAUGAAAUGUGUGAUUUGUUUUAUUCUCGUCUGAUGAGUAGCUUGAAUAAAUACUGUAGCUUGAAAUAAAAUUAGACUAAUGAAAAAUUUAAAAGGGGGGAUUUAUGAGCCACCAUUUUUUUUCUAAACAGAACCUAAAGAGGUACACUUAGAAAGAGAGGGUGUUAAAUGUUUUUUGUCUGUGUGCACAUGCACAAUUGUGACAUUAUACUUCUUUAGACACAUUUGAAACACAAACUUCCAUUAUAAUUUAUUUACAUUGUGCUAUUUCAGUUUGUUUUGUUUACUCUCAAAGAGCAUGUGUAGUGUAUAUAUAGUAGUUUAAGCAUACUUAACUAUAAAGUCAGAAGAAAUUUGUAAGGUUGUAUUAGAGAAAGAGAAAGUCUAGAAUGGGAUUUGUCAUUUGAAUUGUACAGGUAUACAUGUAUUAAUAAAGUGUAAAGUUAAUGCAAGUUUUAUGCAGCGUAAAAGCCUCACCAUCUCACCAUGAUUGCCAGUCUGCAAUUUGUUUAAACGGUCAUUAAAUUUGUUCGCAAAAAGCUACGUUUGUUUAGUCGAACACCGCAAAUUAAUACUGCUCUGCUGUUGUCACAGUUUGUCUCCAGCGUGUUCAAGGACUCUUAUUUUGAAGUUUUCUCCUGUCCUACAUUUCCCAGAAUCCUCUGCCCUAAUCACUUCCUCGUUAUCCCCACCUGUAUGCCAUUCCCUCAUUAAGUCCCCUUUGUAUAUAUACCUUCUAGUUUUGAUUAUUAGUUGUUGGUUGAGUUUACAGACGCUGGCUCAGGGACAGCUGAGGCUACAGCUGUUAAACUAUAACACAAUUUUAAGGGUUUCCUACUGACAUACAUAUCUGCUGCACAUCUGUUUUUGUGGAAUUUUAUUUCAUAUUUUUAAUUGAGCACACCAUUUUAUUUUUUUUUAGAAACCUAAAUAAAAAUGGUCAAAUGUUA